AAAUAUUUAAUCAAUUUAAUUUAUUCUUUCUAUUAAAUUAUGCGGUUAGAGAUAAACUUUUCAGAUGAUAAAUUUUAAUUAAUUUAAUUAAUUGAAAUUAAUUUGAAAAAAAGUAAAAAAGUUUCUGUUAAAAAAAUGGAAGGUAAUACAAAACAAAAAGUAAAGUAUUUCUAAAUUUCUUAUCCGCUAUCUUAAUAAGAUAUUAGGUAUUACCCAAUUAAUUAGGAAAAAGAUAAAGAGUUUCUUGAAAAUACUAAUACUUUUUACAGAUAUUAAUUUGAAAAAAUAAGUGAGAAUAGGGAGUAAUAUCACUUAUUUUAAGACUUUAUAUUUGAUACUAAAGAAAUUGAGCAUAACACAUGUUUGCUAUUAGGAACAGAAUUCACAUCAUACUUGGCUAAAAUUAUUGAACAGCUAGGAUUUGAUAGGAGAUAUUCCAAUAUGAAAUUAGAGGAUUUUAGAUACUAUCAAGCAAAAGCACGCAAACCACGUGAGUCAAGCAAUUAGGAAAAAACAGUAGCACAGUAAUGCGAAAAUUUAGAAUUGAGAAUCAUAAAAACUAAAGAAUAAAACAAAUAAAACUUGGCUAAAAACAAUAUUGAUUUUAUUUUACUUCAUUUUUUGUCACGCGAAGAGUUAAAAAAAAUGGAAAAAAAAAAUAAUGAUAAAGAGAAAAAUAAAAAUGAGCAAAAUGAAAAUAAACUUACAAAUUACUUUCGAUAAAAAUAAAAGAUAAAUUAAAUAAUAGAUUAAAAGCCUUUUCCAUGUGACUCAAACACUACCGUAUAGAAUGAAAUUUAUAAUAACUAGAUAUUAUAAUAGUAGUUGCCAUAAUAAAUAGGUUAACAAGAACCUUAACAUUAGUCUGAAAUAUAUAUAAAAAAUUAGCAGAUAGAUUAAACGUCCAUUUCACACGACUUUAACACAGUUAAAUUGAAUGAAAUUUAAAAUAAACAAAUCUAGCAAUUACCACAAGAGAUAAAUUAACAUGUGCAAUUAUCCUUCUCUGGUUUAAUAAAAAAUCAAGGCUUAAAAUAAAAUGAACAAAAUAAAUUAGUAGAAAACAAUAUCGAAAACUAAAAUUAAUAGACAAAACUGAGUGACUUAGAAAUUUAAUACAAAAAAAAAUUCUAAUAAGAAAUCAUCUUUGAUUAAAGUCAUCAACUUGAAGACGAAAUAAAGGCUUUGAAAAGCGAUCUUUAAAAAAGCUAAAUAUAAUCAUAAUAAUUAUUUGAAGAAAAUGAAAAAAUAUCUGCAAACGCUAACGAUGAUAAACUAUUUGAUAUUAUACAAAAGAAAAAUAAUUAAUAGGAUUUUUGUCAAAUUUAGUAAUAGCUUAAUAUUCAAAAUCAGAAUAACUCGUAAUUUAAUAAUUUUAACUCCGACAACUAUAACUAAUUUAUUAAUAGAGCAAAUUAAAUUAAUUAAGAGUAAUCUUAGUAUAACCAACAAAGCAAUUGCAAUUUUAAUUAUUAUUAAAGUUUGGAAAAGCAAAUAAAAGACCUCAAAUAUUAAGUUUGCAAAAUAUAACUAGAAAAUGCUUAAUAAAAAAUGAAAAUGUUUUUCACACUUUAUCCAGAUUAUAUUCCUGAAUAAAAUUUAAGCCAACAAAAUAAUUUAUAUUAUAAAUGA